UUUAUGGGCUUCAUUCUCAUCUUUCUUUUUUAGAGCAGCUGGUGCGCGUGGAGCAGUGAGUGACGUCAUUGUAGAGGAUGAGGGUCAAUACGUCUCGUUUAUUCUUCAACACUGGGCUCAUAAUAGGAUUCCUCUCUUCUUUUUUUCUGUUGGACUCAAACUUUUCAACCCAACAAGCCACUUACUGGAAUGCCAAGCAUGACGUCAGACAUCACGGACACACAGUUGAGAACAAGAGCUCAGCGGCUAAUUCCUCCGGCUCAACGCGGAUCUUGUGCUGGAUCAUGACGGGGCCCAACUACUUAGAAUCCAGAACCAAGCACAUCAGGAACACAUGGGCCAAGCGCUGCAACAAAGUGCUGUACAUGAGCUCAGUGAAGACGGACUUCCCCACCGUGGGGCUCAACGUGAGCGAGGGGAGGGAAAACCUGUACUGGAAGACCAUCCGAGCCUUCCAGUACAUCCACCGGCACCACCUGGACGAAGCCGACUGGUUCCUGAAGGCGGACGACGACACGUUUGUGGUCGUAGAGAAUCUACGCUACACCUUGUCCAGAUAUGAUCCACUGAAGCCGCUGUACCUGGGCAGGAGGUUUACCCCCUUCAUCCGUCAAGGCUACAUGAGUGGAGGAGCAGGUUACGUCCUCAGUAAGGAAGCACUCAGGAGAUUCGUCGAAGGGUUCGAUACUGGGAAGUGUACCCACUUCACCACCAUAGAGGACAUUGCUGUGGGCCAAUGUAUGGAGACGAUGAAGGUGGAGCCGGCGGACUCCAGAGAUAUUAAGGGGAGACAGACUUUUCAUCCUUAUCCUCCAGACCACUACCUGGUUAGGCAGGCCUCGAGGCCGAGGCCUUGGUAUCUGAUUUACGACCACUACCCUCCAGUAGAGGGUCCAGGCUGCUGCUCUGAUUUUGUCGUGUCCUUCCACUACAUCUACGCCGUCCAGCUGUACGCUCUGGAGUACCUGACGUACCACCUGCGGCCUUACGGAUACAAAUACAGAUUCAAUCCGGAUGAGAAAACUGAAUUCCAGACCACGACGAAGUCCACAUAAAAUGUUACGUGUGCACGAGAACCUAUGUACUUAUUAUUAUAGAAGGGCUUGAGGGGCUCAGCAGGGUUCAGAGCCCAGCUUAAUUCACUCACCAUAUUAUAUUUUAAUCUCCUAGACCAUAACUUUAUGAUUCAAGACUCUUCGGAUGAAUCGACGUGUCGAUUCCCUCCAGCUGCAAGUCCAAGUCUGACGAAGGUUUGAUUGAACCGUUCAUCAACAAGCCUUCUCUCUGGGAAGACAUCUGUUCAGUUUGUGUUGUGAGCUUAGUGUAGUUAUAUUAGGGUGGGGUAUAUCUAGCCAUGCACUGAAAAGACCUACUGAUCGAAAAUAGCCACCUAAAAAACUACAAGUCUUAUCGAUAAAGAUAAGAUGGGAUGAAGGCCAAUGGAAAUUGAUCAUUACAAUGGUGCAAACAAAGCAGGUCUUUGUACCACAAUACAUAGUCGACUACUCAUAUGUGUGCAUUAGACAUUAGUGAUGAUCUCGUCUCCCUGGUACCAUCAGAUGCAUAAUGUAUCGCACUAUGAAGACGAAGCUACUGCGUAUGCGUCUGGGUAUCGGCGACACUGUUGGUGCAUUCAGUACGCCGGAAGCAUUCACUUGUGAAUUUGAGCAGAAGCGAAAUUAGAUUAUUCUUCCACUUCUUGAUUAUUGUCUCAAGUUCUACAAUAAAUAUGAAGCAACCACGAGCUGAGAGACUUGGAUUCCAGACCAAAUACUUCAGACUGGACCUGGACUCCAGCUCUAGUCCUGAGACUAAAGACUCGGAACCAAAGACUUGGAAAAGGAUGAGUUGUGAGCAUGUACUCAAAGUCUGAAGCCAUAUCUCUCUGUUUGAAAGGGUUAUACAAAUCGACGACCAUUAAGAAAUUGUAUUUGUAUUUAUUAAAAAUGUUAUUGUCAAACUAC